GGCACUGUUUUCAUCUGCCGUAAAGCCCGACGCGAGGCAUCGGAGGAAGGUUAAAGCGUCUGGAACGAAUUCAGAGCAUCAUGCCAUUCCUGGACCUGUACUCGCGGACCGGCAUCAGCCUGGACCGCUGGCUGCUGGUGCAGAGCGGUGAGCAGCCCCACAAGCGGGCGGCGCGCUGCUUCGCCUUCGAGAAGGAGUGGAUCGAGUGCGCUAACGGCAUCGGCCAGACCCGAGCCAAGAAGGAGUGCAAGCUGGAGCUGGACGAUUUCUUGGAGUGCAUGCACAGGCAGAAGACGCAAAAGAGGCUGUACGCCAUCCGCCAGCAGCGUGACAAACUGGUGAAGGAGGGGACGUACACGCCGCCGCCGUGCCACUCAGGCGAGCCCGACCAGGCGCCCUGAGGAACUCCGCCUGUCUGCAGCGCUGCUCCUGUGUAUAAUAGAAUCAGAAACCCCUAUUUCCUCUUCAUCUGUACAAGUUUCCAAAUAAAUGUUUUGAUCCACAACCCCG